ACCAUGAAGUGAUGUUGAGAUGCUUUACUUGUAUGAAAAGUGUGAAACUGAAAAAUACAUAAACAACAAUAUUGGUUCAGUAUUGGUUUGUAACUUCACUUACACCAUAUCACAUAACAUAAGCAUGACCAGCAGGUAAGUAUUAAGCAAAAUCAGUGUUACAGAAUUAAUGGAGCAUUAAUGAACUGAUCUGUUAGUAUACAUAAACCAAAAAAGGCUACCCCACGUGAUUCACUAAAUUCACCGACAUCAUAACAAAAAGUGGUCAAGAAAAUGUGCUUGUAUCAAAGAUACAUCGUUUCACAAUGCAUGUACUUACAGGUGAUGCCUUCUCAAGGGCUAUGAAUGAAGGAUGGCAACAGAUGAACACACAUCAGCUUCACUAGAGCACACAGGCCAUUUGUAGUUUGCUUGAACUAAUUUCCUGUUACACAGGAAAUACAAAUCAGUGCUCAAACACUAUACUACAAUAAAUGACCAACAGGAGUCACUAGAGAACCCAGUAACACUGCACUAUGGUAAAUAACCAGCAGGAGUCACUAAAGAACAUUGAAUAACAGGCAUGGCCAGAACAGAAGUUGUGAAUGCGCUCCACCCACUCUGAGCAAUUUCAACAUGUUUAUGAGUUUUCACGGGACGAAGCUGAAUAAAGAACGCCCUGUAGUUUAAAAGAAAACUCCGUUUCCUCGUGUUACUGUGGGAGCUACAGUGAAAACUCGAUGUCAAGACCCAAGGCGUGUGGAGAAGCAAGCGGCAAGUCAUCGCCAUCGCAUCGCAUUCCUCAGCGCUUCUUCUGAGAUGAGACGCACGAGAGCUACUUUGCAGUCCGCAGUACGGUGCAGGUGCCAUUGUUUUGCUAGCGUAGGCUCAACAUUUUGAACGGACAUUUCAGAGACUUCGGUGACCGUGUUCAUAUCUAGGUCAAUCUAUGUUUUCUUUGUUGGCUAAUAACUCUUGGUUUGAUGAUGGUCCAUUUAGGCUUAGGCAAGUUCAAUACCAUAAUGGCAGGUUGUAGCCAUUAUGCAUGAUCAUAUGCAUGUGUGUGACUAACAUAACAGUUAUUUCAAAUGCUCUUUUAAAUAGAGAAUGUUUAUAGUUGAAUAAGCUUAAUGUAAAGUUUACUCUUAUUUAGUUUAAACUAUAAUUACUAAAACCUGACUAAGUAAGCUGAAUUUAUGAUAAUUUUUUUUUUUGUUUUAAUUCCAAUCUUUUGACAACCUAACUUUAAGUUAACAAGGUUACUUUUGAUAAAUAUUGCAGUCCUGUUGCAUUUAAGCAGAAAGUUAGACAUAAAACGGGAAUAACUUACUUCCUUUUCUCUAACUUAAAGGUAAUUUGAAUUCAUUAAGAAAGAGACGGUCCAUUAAAAUGUCUGAGUCAGGUAGUCUAGUUGAGAAUGACAGAGAAAGUGUAAAACAGAUCGUACAGACACCCACCAAAGAAGAUGCUGGCAAGGAACAAGAUGUAAUAUUAGAUGAGUCAGAGCAUUCAUGUGUGAUCAAAAUUGCGGCAUCCAGUCUCAACUGCUCACAAGAAGGGCCGCAAGGCCGAAGAGUCCGUAAGUUGACAGAGAAGGGCCAAGAACUGCAGGAAGAGCAAAUAAAAAGACUGGAACGCAGGUUCAAUUCGAACUAUGAAAAGUGGAAGGUACUCGUUAAAGAUGCCAAACAAUCUUCUAAGACCUGUAAUUCGAAAGCUAUGCUACAGGAACAUGCAGCUAAGAUAAGAAAAGCCUCAACUGAGUUAGAGCAGAUUUAUGAAGACAUACGUCGUGUUCAAACACCACACCAAGACAUGCGUCGUAGAAUAGACACUUGUGAAGAAGUAACCAAGGAAAUCGUUGAAGCUGCAAAUGGCUGUCUAGCUAGCAAUGAGCAAGAAGAUUUCAAAAGUGCAAGGUCUCUAAAGCUAAGGCCUGAUACACAGAGCAUCAUCUCUAGUCGCUCAAGAUCUGUGCAUCGCUCCCACGUUGGUUCAGUAAUUAGUUCAAGAUCCUCAAGCCUGUCAUCACUGAAGAGACAAGAUGCAGCAGCCGAAGCUGCUGCUAAUGAAGCCACGCUAGAAGUCUUUCACGAGCAAGAGCAGCAUUUUAAAGAAUUGCAAAGGCUUGAAGCUGAAGAUAAGAGACUUCAAGCAGAACGAGAAGUUGAAAAUGAGAAGAGAAGGCAGAUGUUAGAAGCCAAGCGCAGAGAGAUAGAACGAUUGGAGACAGUCAAGAAACUAAAGGCUGCCAAGGCACGGCAGGAAGUGUAUGCACAGAGUAUAUGCUCAGAUGAAGAGAUAAGUGAGCUACUGCACGGCUGUGGUUCUGUGAGAGCAAAGAAAGAAGCUACAACCCAGAAUGCUACAACCCAGCAUCACUCAGACACUCCACAAGCUGUAACCCACUCCACAAACUGCAAUGUCAAGUGA